AGCCUACAUUGGUCUUCUUUUUGUUUGUUAAGUUUAAUUUUAGAGCCCCAGCAAAAACGUCGAGAAACACCCACGAAAAUCCGGCGAGGGUGGUGUCAGGGAGACUACAGCCGCCAGAGGAAGUUUUUAACCCACCUCAUUCUGCCGGCCAAAGGCAUAUAAGAAAAUGGAGGUGAUCGGAACCCACUUUAUUGUUAAAAAAGCUAGAAAGCUGGGAUAAGAGAGUUAGAGAAAGCGUUUUAGAGACCUAUAAUGGAAAAUUUUCAAUUCACUCGAUUUCUCUGUUAAGAUUAAUUGAUGAGAUAUUUUUUAAACUUAAAAAAUGUGCUGGAUAUUGUUGAUCAGUUCACGAAAUAUCCAAAUUUUAUUUUACUUCAGACAACAUUAUUGAAAAAAAUGAAAGUAAUUUUCAUAAAUGACUUAAAUUGUAAUUCAUGAUAUUAUUGGAAGGGAUAAUUAUGAACUUGAAUUUAAGUUGUGAAUUUUUUUCUUUUAGUUUUUAAGUUAGAAUUAUAUAAUUAAUAGUUUCAAUUAUUUUAGGAGAGAAUUUACACAAAUUAAAUUCAAAUUAAUUAAAUUCUAAAAAAUCAAAUUAAUUAAUUAUAGAUAAAUCAGAUAAAAAGUAACUAAAAUAAUUUGGAAAUUUGGUAACAUUAUUAUUGUACGAGUACUAUCGCUUCAAUAGGUUAAAUUGUAUCAAAGAUAAUUAUUUACUUUUUACAUUUUAGAAUAUGUACUUCUGAUCAAUUUUAUUAAUAAUUUUUUCAAAUAACUUCACAUGAUUUUACUUUAAAUAUCUCAUGACAUGAAAUAUACAUUUUAACUUUUUUUAGAAUUGGACAUAAUAUUGAUAUAUAUUUUUUGUUUUUCUUAAUAUGUAAAAAGAUCGUCCAAUCCUAUGUGAUCACAUAUUAAAAAUAAAAAGUAAUCCUCUGAAAAAUAAAGAGAAUAGAAUUAUCAAAUUAUUUCUGCCAAAAAAAUAAAAUUAUAAUAGAGGGACUAAAUAAGAUAAAAAUCUAUACUAAAGGAACUUCAAUAGAAUUUGACCACUACUAAAGGGGCCGAAAAUAGUAAAGUAGAGGCCGACGGAAAAGAGAGAAAGAAAGGAAGGAAUGGCAGAGAAAUCACCGGUGAAAGAAGCUGCUUCCUCAGAGAGCAUCCCCAUCUCGAACUCAAACCAGUUGAAGCCAUCUCCCCAAUUCCCCUCCAAAUUCUCUUCCCAAACGGCACCCAACUCUGAAGUCCCCUCCACGCCCACCAGCCGUCCUCCUUCCGCCGAUGCCGACGUCGUUUACGUCCCCAGCUACUCCCGGUGGUUCUCGUGGGAUAAGAUAGACUCUUGCGAGUCCCGUUUCCUUCCGGAGUUUUUCGACGGUCGCUCGGCUUCCAAAGGCCCUGGUCUUUACAUUUAUUACAGGAACUCAAUUAUAAAGCUAUUCAGGGUAAACCCUUCCCGUAAGAUUACCUUCACUGACGUCAGGAAGACUCUUGUUGGUGAUGUUGGAUCCAUUCGGAGGGUUUUCGAUUUCCUUGACCACUGGGGUCUCAUCAAUUACUCUGCCUCCUCUGCUCUUUCCAAGCCCUCCAAAGAUACUGGUUCUAACAUUAAAUCCUCAGAUUCCCCUUCUGUUGAAUCCCCUUCUUCUGCUGCCCCCACCUCCAAACACUCCUCUAAUUCCAGGCGAAUCUGUGGGGCGUGCAAGUCUCUUUGUACCAUUGCUUGCUUCGUUUGCGACAAGUAUGACUCCACCCUGUGUGCAAGGUGUUAUGUUCGGGGCAAUUUCAGGGUUGGUCUAAGCAAUGCUGAUUUCAGGCGGGUAGAGAUCACUGAUGAAGCCAAGGCAGAUUGGUCAGAAAAAGAGACAUUGCUGCUUCUGGAAGCCAUUAUGCAUUAUGGUGAUGACUGGAAGAAGGUUGCACAACAUGUUGGUGGUAGAACCGACAAGGAUUGUGUGGCUCAUUUCGUUAAGCUUCCUUUUGGGGAGGAAUAUCUCAGACAUCCAUUAUCAAACGAUGAUGAAUCUGGAUUUGAAACUAAUAAAAGGAUGUGCCUCACGCCUCUGGCUGACGCAAGCAACCCAAUCAUGGCUCAGGCUGCCUUUUUGUCAGCUUUGGCUGGUGUAGAGAUUGCAGAAGCAGCUGCCCAAGCAGCUGUUUCUGUUCUAUCUCAGGUCGACGACGUCACGGCUAGCAGAGUGGGGAUUGGGUCUCUUGAAAGAAACUCGAAACGAGAAUCAGAAAUUUCAUCUAAUGGUGACACCAACCAAAAUGCAUUGGAAAGAGCAGCAUAUGCAGUUGCAAAUUCACUACUUGACAAGGAAGAACUAGAUAUUGAAAGGGCAAUUACUGGGAUUACAGAAGUGCAGAUGAAAGAGAUACAAGACAAGUUUCUUCGUUUUGAGGAGAUGGAUUUGCAGACUGAGAAAGAGAGGCAACAAUUGGAGAGCAUGAAGAAUCUCCUUUUUAUUGACCAGCUCAAUCUUUCAUUUUGUAGAAACUAUACAUGAAAUACUGAAAAAGUGGUGAAGAACAAUUGUUUUCUUUUUCUUCUGUAUUCUGCCUCUGCAGAUGGUUAUGGCCAAAGGAGAAAAUUUCUUGAAUUGCAGGUAAAUUGCGUUACAAUCUUUCUGAAGUAUGUAGGCAAAAAAGUGAAUCGCAGUUAGUAUAUAACCAAAGCUGGAAAAACCUGGUCCAACAUUGUACAACAUAUGCUAUGUGCUCUCUCUAUUAUAAAUGAAAAAUUGAAAACCAUAA